GAACGACGCGCGUUCUCGUCUGCGAAGCUGUUAAAUUUGCGGCUCACGCAUCUCUCGAUCCAUCCACCAGCCAUGCGGCACUCUGCCCUCGACUUUGUAGUCUCGCAGUGGAAGACUCUGGAGCUCGUGGUCAUACCCGAUCUCGCUGGGAAGACUGUCGUUGUCAUUGAAGCCAAUACAGGCCUGGGAUUCGAGGCGGCGGAACACUUCGCGCGGAUGGGCCCGGGGAAGCUUAUUCUGGGAUGUCGGAGUGAAGCCAGAGGCAGCGCAGCGCUCGAAAAGCUGAAGCAGGACACCGGUUACGCUACUGCAAAGCUCUGGAUCAUCGAUCUGGCUGACUUUGCUUCGGUGACCUUGUUCGCCGAUCGAUUCGA